CCUUUCCCGUUCACAUAAACCCUCGCACGAGCCUCAACGCAAUGAGAGCUCCUCCUCUCCCCCUCCCAUGGCGACCUCCGCGAAGAAACCGAAGCUUCGCCUCUCCCUUCUCAUCCCCUCCUCCCUCUUCGCCCUCGCCAUCCUCCGCCUCUCCCUCCAUGGCUUCUUCCCCCAUCCUCCCUCUUCGUCUUCUUCCUCCUCUCGACCCGCCUCGAUCCCCACGGCCCUGCUCCCCCUCCCCAAACCCCACCUAAAGCUCCUCCUUUUACGCAGCUCCGUCAAUGGCCGCUCCCGGUUCCAGCACCUGCGCCCCAGCCCCCGCUCCCGCCGCUUCUUCGCGAGAGCCACCGAGUUCUUCCGCGGGCAUUGUGAGCUCCGCUUCUUCAUGACUUGGAUCUCUUCAUUAGAUGGUUUUGGCCCCAGGGAGUUCUUGGCAAUGGAGAGCUUGUUUAAAUCCCACCCAAAUGCGUGUUUGCUCCUAGUUUCCGACACCAUGGACUCUUCUAAAGGUGCCCAUUUGCUCAAACCCUUCUUGGAUAAAGGGUUCCGAGUCGCCGCAGUAGCUCCUGAUUACAACUACUUGUUCAAGAGCACCCCUGCUGAGUGCUGGUUCGAAAAGCUGCUUAAUGGAGAAGUUGAUCCAGGGGAGGUUUCGCUUGGCCAAAACCUCUCCAAUUUGCUCCGCCUUGUGGUAGUUUACAAAUUCGGCGGUGUGUAUCUCGACACGGAUGUAAUAGUGAUGAAGAGCUUCUCGGGACUUAAGAACGUGAUCGGAGCUCAGGCGGUAGACGCGGCGACGGGGAAUUGGAGUAGAUUGAACAACGCCGUGAUGGUGUUCGACAAAAUGCACCCUCUUGUGUAUAAGUUCAUUGAGGAGUUUGCUUUAACAUUUGAUGGUAGUAAGUGGGGCCACAACGGGCCUUAUCUCGUUUCGAGGGUGGCGGCGAGGGUGGCCGGGCGCCCGGGUUUCGAAGUUACGGUUUUGCCGCCCUCCGCAUUCUAUCCGGUGGAUUGGAAUAAGAUAGCGGGGCUGUUUAAAGAGCCGAAGGAUGCAAAUUACGCAAAGUGGGUGAAAGCGAAGAUCAAGAGUAUCCGAAAGGAGAGUUUUGCUGUUCAUUUGUGGAACAAGCAGAGUAGGGGAAUGAAUGUCGAGGAGGGGAGUGUGAUUGGGAGAAUAAUGUUGGAUUGUUGUGUUUUUUGUAAUUUUUCCAGCGGCUAAUGUGUGAAUAGAGAGGAAUUGUAGCAGGAGAUAUGUGACAAUUCUCAACACUGUUGUAUUGGUUGUGUUUCCAGUUUCUGAGGAGAUGUGUUAACUGUAAAAAGGAAAUUAAGAAUGGAUGGGUUGUGGCAAUUCUCUCA